AUGCGAAUAAACAGAAAGAGGACACAAUUCAUGAAGAACGCUUACUGCGAGAACGGAGGAGUACAACUUGAAGGCUUCCAAAUCGUAGAAACUUCGUCAUACGUAUACCUCGGAUGUUCUAUGAACAUGGAAAGCGACCUGAAGGAAGAACUGAAUAGAAUGAUGAAAGCAGUAUGGGAAGUAUUUGCAUCCAUCAAGGAAGCUACGGACCAACGGACGAACCAAGAUCUCCGCGCCCGACUGUUUGACUCAACAGUCCUUCCAGCGCUUUGUUACUCAGCGGAGACGUAG